CAGUUUGGUGACAUAAAAAGAUGUUUCUUGCUCAGCUUGUUGCUUUCUACUUCUCCAAACUCCAGGAGGACCCCACCAAGAAGGUGGACAGGUUUCUGUACGCCAUGCGUCUCCAUGAUGACCAGCUAAGUGACAUCUCGGCUCGUUUCCAGGCUGAAAUGAAGAAGGGGCUUUCAGCAGAAAGCAACGUGGCAGCAGCGGUGAAGAUGCUGCCAACACACGUCCGUGCCACUCCUGAUGGUUCAGAGAAAGGACAGUUUCUGGCGUUGGAUCUUGGAGGCUCCAGGUUUAAGGUGCUCCAAGUUAAAGUGAGAGAGGGCAUGGGGAUCAGGAGGGGAGGAGUACAGAUGGAGGAGAAGGUCUACCCCAUACCGAAGGAGCUACUCAAUGGGAGAGCAACGGAGCUAUUUGAUCAUGUGUCAGAGUCUCUGAAGAACUUCCUGCAGGAGAAGAAGAUCAGUUUGGAGAAGAAGCAUCCUCUGGCCUUCACUUUCUCUUUCCCCUGUGAACAGCCUACCUUAAAUCAGGGGCUAUUGUCAAACUGGAGUAAAGACUACCGGGCUCGGGGCCUUCAGGGUAAAGAUGUGGUCCAGACCCUCGAAAGUGCUAUUGGCAGAACCGGGGGUAUGGAUGUGGAGGUGAUAGCCUUAGUGAACGACACUGUCGCAACCAUGAUGACCUGUGGUUUUGAUGACCAGUACUGUGAAGUUGGACUCAUCAUCGGUACUGGUACCAACGCGUGCUACAUGGAGGAGCUGCGUCACGUCGACCUGGUGGAGGGAGACGAGGGCAGGAUGUGUGUGAACACUGAGUGGGGAGCCUUCGGAGACGACGGGGCCCUAAAAGAUUACAUCACUGAGUUUGACAGGGAUGUGGACGCAGCCUCCAACAACCCUGGAAAACAAAUCUUUGAGAAGAUGGUCAGUGGGAUGUAUCUGGGAGAGUUAGUGAGGCUGGUUGUGUUAAAGAUGGCUAAACUUGGACUGCUGUUUGAUGGACAAGUGUCUGAUGCCCUGAAGACUAAAGGGCGGAUAACUACUGCUAAUGUUGCAGCCAUGGAGGAGUACAAAAACGGUUUGAAGAACACCGAAAAAAUUCUCCUGGAUCUCGAUUUGAAGCCAACAUGUGACGACUGCACUGCUGUGCAACAUGUCAGCACCAUAGUGUCCUUCAGGUCCUCAAAUCUGGUGGCUGCAGGACUGGCUGCCAUCUUGACUCGGAUUAGGCAAAACCGGAAUUUGAGGACAUUUAGGAUCACUGUAGGUGUGGAUGGAACAGUGUACAAGACACAUCCACAAUAUCCUAAACGUCUCCAUAAAGUCGUGCGGCGGCUGCUUCCUGAGUGCCACGUCAGGUUCGUCCUCUCAGACAGUGGCAGCAGCAAAGGAGCUGCCCUGGUAACAGCAGUGGCCCAACGACUGGCAUCACGAAGGCGACAGGUGGAUGAGACGCUGGCUCCCUUCAGAGUAAGUCAGGAGCAGCUCCAGCUGGUGAAGACCAGGAUGAGGGCGGGGCUGGAAGCUGGGCUGAAGAGGAAAGGCUCGUCGGCUAUCAAGAUGCUGCCUUCUUUUGUGUACCGAACACCUGACGGCACAGAGCAUGGAAAGUACCUCGCCUUGGAUCUGGGAGGGACAAACUUCAGAGCGUUGCUGGUGAACUUUAAAAAAGGUCCGCAACAGAACACGCGGCUUUACCACAAGAUCUACACCAUACCAGAGGAGAUAAUGCAGGGAUCUGGAGAAGAGUUGUUUGAUCAUAUAGCGCAGUGUGUGAGUGACUUCCUGGACUACAUGGGGAUGAAGAACGCUCGUCUUCCUGCAGGCUUCACCUUCUCUUUCCCCUGUGAGCAGACAUCUAUUGACACAGGCACAUUGGUGAGCUGGACCAAAGGCUUCAAGGCCACGAACUGUGAAGGAAAUGAUGUUGUUAGUAUGCUGAGAGAAGCCAUCAAGAGAGCUGAGUUUGACUUGGACAUAGUUGCAGUAGUCAACGACACAGUGGGGACCAUGAUGAGCUGUGCUUACGAAGACCCUGAGUGUGAGAUUGGACUUAUUGCUGGAACUGGCACUAAUGUUUGUUACAUGGAGGAGUUGAAGAAUAUCAAGAAAACUGAACAAAAGACAGAACAAGUGGAAAGAGAAGAGGGGACGCCCGAUGGAGAGGAGGACAAGCAUGAUGCAUGGACAGAAAGAGAGAAAAAGGAGGGGGAUGCUGAGAUACCAAAGAUGUGUAUAAACACAGAGUGGGGAGGUCUGGGUGACGAUGGCUCUCUGGAUGACAUCAUCACACCUUAUGACACGGAGGUCAACCAAAACUCAAUCAACCCUGGAAAACAAAGGUUUGAGAAGCUGACCAGUGGGAUGUAUUUAGGAGAAGUCGUUCGUCAGGUAUUACUGGAUUUAACCAGAGGAGGUUUGCUGUUCAGAGGACACGUCACUGAAGCUUUAAAAACACCUGGGAUAUUCCAAACACAGUACCUGUCACAAAUAGAGAGUGACCGCCUGGCUCUACUGCAGGUCAGAUCCAUUCUCCAACAUCUGGGGCUCGACAGCACCUGUGAUGACAGCAUCAUUGUCAAAGAGGUAUGUGGAGCAGUGUCACGUCGUGCAGCUCAGCUGUGUGGGGCAGGAAUGGCAGCCGUGGUGGAUAAGAUCAGAGAGAACCGAGGACUGGACCGUCUGAACAUCACUGUGGGGGUGGAUGGUGCCCUCUACAAACUACAUCCACAUUUCGCUGGCGUCCUCCAAGAGACUGCCAGAGCUUUGGCGCCUCAGUGUAACGUGAACUUCCUGCCAUCAGAGGAAGGCAGCGGGAAGGGUGCCGCCCUCAUCACCGCUGUGGCCCGUCAGAACCCGGAGAUGUAACUUCACAUGACUUAAUUUUUUGUUAUUUUUUUUAUUUUCACUUUCAUAAUUUGGGAAUUUCAUUCGUACUGCUGUUCUUGUCGCCUGAUGGUCUGGAAGAGAGAAUCGUUUCACCAAAAGCCUUGUUUCAUAUGAGAGCCGGAUGCCUUACCUGGGGAGCGUGCAACAUGGUGAGGUUUUCGCUCCACGAUCCCUCACAGGCUUCCCACCCACCACCAUUUUUUUAAAACUGCAGCCCAGAUAAAAUGGAAGCACUGCUGGAGAGAGGCAAUGUAGUUACAAGAACUGACAUUGUCUGGCCAUUUUGUCAUAAGCCUGUCAUUUUGUAAGUUCAGCAAACACCUUAAUAUGUAUGAAUGUAUGAUGUAUCUUUGUAACAUAACAAACAGCAGGCGGCAUUUGCAUGUUAUUGGUCUAUUAUUUAGAUGAACAUCUAGAAGGUUACAGCAGUUGGUACCCAACAAAGCCAAUGGUUGCAAUCUGCCAUAAAAUAUAAAGAAGAUGGGAGCAACUAUGUAGGGUUUUCCACCAUAAAUUGAGGCAGAAAAGGCACAAAUUGGUGCAUAAAAAUUCACCAGAAUGCAGGAAAUAAACUGUUUCUACAAUCAAAAUUUAAAUUAAAAUACAUUAAACUGUGAUUCCAACUCUGGUCAGUUCAUUUUAAUGAUAGCAGUUGUGAUGUACUAAAUAAGGAGCCAGAGUGCAUUAAAAAAGCGUCAUAAUAGAACUUUUUUUAUCUCCCCUGAGAGGUCCGGCUAAACCCACAAGUUGUCCAAAUACUAGAAAUGCCCCUGCUGUCUGAGGUUAACUUCUAGUUCCCAACUAUAUUUAAAGAACUAGAUUCAAACUAAUGUUUUUUUUUUGUUUGUUUUAUACAAUGACACAAAGCUUGUCAACCCAAAAAUGUUGCUUAUUUGUUGCUUCUUCUUGUUUAUUAUUAGCUGCAUUAGCAAUGGAAUACACCAUUUGAAUUUCAAAAUACAUGCAUGGCUGCCCUAGCAAAAAAAUAUUUGGUUUUUGAGGGCUCUAACCCAAAGCCUCCACUUUCCAAUCGUUAUCAAGUCAGCUGUGGGAAAAGUGUCGCACCCACAGCUGCACAGUCACACGCCAGUGUUAGCCGUGCACUGAUUAGACUGAUGCCAGGGCUUCUAAUAUCUAAAAUCACACAUUGCAAACUACUCAAGGUUAGCACUUAAAGUGCGACCAAACAAAAAGGAUACACAGCUGUCAUAAGACUCACUAUGACAACUGCAAUGCAUGACUGAUGAUGAGCUUCAGUGCUCAAAAUGUGGCCCGUACAUGUGGAGCGAGGAACUGAACAAUCUCUCCAUGCUCUCUCUGUCUCUCUCUCCUGUGUUUGAAGUGUUUCUAUUCAACUUUUACACUGCAGUAAUUUGUAAAAGUUCGCAGUAAUGUGCUGCCCACUGCUCCUUGCAUGGUGUGUUCACUUGUGUGUAAAAAAGGAUGCAGAGGUUGAAUUUCCCCAUUGUGGGAU